AUGGGGAAGACACUACAAAAUAGUAAACAAAAUUGUGCAAUUAUUGAUUUAUAUGACAGCUCAGCCGAACGAAUUUCAACAAUUGACGCACAAAAGUACUUCACAACUGUACUUCUAAAUGGGAAACCAGCAGUAUUCGAAGUCGAUUCCGGAACGGGAUAUACACUAUUACCAGAAAACGAAUUCCGGAAAUUAAAUCUCAACAUAUCCGUGACACCUACUAAUAUAUGUUUUCGAACUUAUACUAAUGACAUGUUUUUUUCUAAGGGUAAAGCAAACAUCGAAGUUUCAUAUAAAAAACACCAAUCAUCAGAAGAAAUAUAUGUUGUACCAGAAGGUCGUCCAGCCAUCCUAGGCCGCAUAUGGAUACGCCGCUUAGGAAUAAAACUCGAAGAUGUUGAUACAGACAUGCAAACUGGUUCGCGGACCUCUACUCCUGGAUCAAUUUACUCGAUUAAUGAUCUUUUUACACAAUAUUCAAAUGUUUUUGAACAAAAGAUAGGUUGUAUUCCAAAUCACACAGUUUCUCUGAAAUUACGCGAAAAAGCCACUCCAGUCUAUACUAAAGAACGUAAUGUACCUUUCGCUCUGCGCGAACGAGUUGAAAAAGAACUCGAUAAUCUAGAAAAAGAAGGAAUUAUUUCAAAAAUAGAUGCAAGUGAUUGGGGCUCGCCUCUAGUAGUGAUUCCAAAAAAGGAUGGGGGCGUACGCCUAUGCGUCGAUUAUAAAGUUGGGGUAAAUGAACGUCUAGUGACGUCAAAACACCCAUUUCGGAAUAUCCCGGACAUCCUCAACCGUCUACGACAUUCUAAAUACUUUUGUAAACUUGAUAUUUAUAAGGCAUACUUACAUGUGCCGGUAGACUAUACUAGCAGCCAAAUUCAAGCAAUUACUACACAUCGUGGUACGUAUCGUAUGAACAGAUUGAGUUUCGGAAUAAAAGUAGCACCAGCUGAAUUCAAUCGCAUAUUGGAGCAAAUUCUUCAAGAUUUGAAAAAGAUGGAAUCUUAUUUCGACGAUGUAAUCGUGCAUGGCGCCACACAGGAAGAAUGCCUACAAAAUCUUCACGCAUGUUUAGCCCGGCUUCAAGUUUAUGACCUCCACAUAAAUCGAGGAAAGUGUAUUUUCUUCGCAGAAAAAAUCGAAUACCUUGGUCAUGUAGUCCAACACAACCAGAUCUCAAAGUCUCCAGCAAAAGUUCAAGCAAUACUUGAAAUGCCGCGACCCAAAAAUGUGGAAGAAGUUCGUCGGUUCCUAGGAUUACUUACAUACUAUGCACGGUUUAUUCCAGACCUUUCCACGAAAACGAUACCACUCCGAACUCUACUUAAGAAGAACUAUAAUUUUAAAUGGUCAGCUACAUGUGAAGCUGCGUUCACGCAUCUCAAAAAUAAAAUGGCCAGUGAUCGAAUACUAGUACCAUAUGAUCCAGAUCUUCCAAUAAUAUUAUCCUGCGAUGCAAGCCCCACAGGAGUUGCCGCAAUAAUGAGCCACAUUAUCGACGAACAAGAAAGGCCAAUCGCUUAUGCGUCCAGAUCUCUGACGGUAGCCGAAUGUAAUUAUAGCCAGUUGGACAGAGAAGCUCUUGCCAUAGUCUUUGGUAUCAAUCAUUUUUUUAAUUACCUUUUCGGUCGACACUUUACACUCGUUACGGAUAACGAACCACUGACUCGAAUUUUUCAUCAUAAAAAGCAUUUACCAGCUAUAACAUCCAGCCGAUUACUCAGAUACGCAGCAUUUUUAUCAGGAUUUGACUAUACCGUCAAGUUUAAACGUGGAGAAGCAAACGUAAAUGUUGACUGUCUAUCCAGAGCAUCAAUCCGGAAAAAUGCUAGCUCAAUGGAAACAUUAUUAGCAGAAGAGGUACAUCAAAUUUGUACUGAAUCAAUUUCCAGUAUAACAACCGAUCGUCUCACAGCUGAUAUGGUUAUCACGGAAACGGACAAAGAUGCUGAACUAGGAUCUAUCAAACAGGAUAUUCUUACUCAGGAUAUUGAUUCACCAUACACUCUGAACCAUGGCAUUUUAUUUAGAAAUGAAUGCGUAGUCAUUCCCAAAAAUCUCCAGGAACAGGUACUUCUAAAACUACAUGCAACCCACAUCGGGAUUACCAAAAUGAAGCAACUCGCCCGACGUUAUGUCUAUUGGAAGGGAAUCGAUAAGGCUAUCGAAGACAUCGUUAAAUCAUGCAAGUCCUGUGCUCUACUGCGUUCAAAUCCGCCAAAAGCUCCACUGCAUCCCUGGGAUGAACCUAAGAAUAAUUGGGAACGCAUCCAUAUCGAUUAUGCCACUUUAGAUGGAUACAAUUUCUUGGUAUGCAUUGACGCAAAAUCGAAAUGGCUUGAAAUCAAGGCAUUAGCCUCAACACCUACAUCUAACAGUACUAUCCAACUGCUGGAUAAUAUCUUUUCCAGUCACGGAUAUCCACAAAUGCUUGUCUCAGAUAAUGCUACAAUAUUUACAAGCACAGAAUUUAAGUCUUAUUGUGAAAUAAACGGAAUUUUUCAAAAGUUUAUUGCGCCAGGACAUGCCGCUACCAACGGUCUUGCCGAAAGAACAGUCCAGACCCUGAAAUUAUGUCUGAAAGCCCUCGCGGAUAAUAAUUGUUCGCUGCAUACCAAACUACAGGAGAUACUUCUGCGCUAUCGAGCAACUCCAUUAGCUUGUGGACAAUCACCUGCAGAGCUCUACUUAAAUCGCAAACUGCGCAUCAAAUUGGAUGCUUUACGUCCUUAUAAGCCUUCCAGUAACGCGUCUACACCAUCAUGCACCCGAACAUUUAAAGUGGGAGAGAGGAUUCAAUCACGUGAAUUACGGAACAAGUUCACAUGGAUUUUUGGCUCUGUUCUCAGAAAGUUGGGAGCUCUACACUACGUCGUUCGACUAGACUCGGGGUUAACGUUAAAACGUCAUGUGGACCAGCUUCGUAGCACUCAAGUCAAGCAAGUCCGAUUUAGUUUCGAUAACCCGGUAUCCAGACAUUCAUCAAUUGAAGGUGUUCCUGGAUUGGACGUCGCGCAACAACCGGAACCACAACUGGACCAACAACCGGAUCCACAACUGGAGCCAGUAAUACAAACCCAGAGACGAAGGCCGGAUAGACUGGGACCUAUCCGACGGUCAGACAGACCACGCCGGCAACCCAGAUAUUUGGAUGAUUAUAUUCAAUAA